GACUACAAUCCGGUCAAAACCAAAGUCCUCCACUUCAGUCUGAACCCUACGAGCAUGGCCAAACAGCAGCGUGUGGAGGAAGUGGAGGCGCUGAGGGCCGAAGUGGAGUGUUUGAGGGAACGCCUCCGCUCAGUGCAGACAGGGGGCGCUGUCCCUCUUGCUGCUGCUGCAGGAGAGACCAGCCUCAGUCUGCCUCCCUCACAGGAGGUCCUGGAUCUGCGUAAACAGAUGGAAACAGCUGAACUGAAGAACCAGCGGUUGAAGGAGGUGUUCCAGAGGAAGAUUCAGGAGUUCAGGACGGUGUGUUAUGUUCUGACCGGCUAUCAGAUAGACAUCACUACUGAGAACCAGUACAGGCUGACCUCUGUCUACGCUGAACACAUGGACGACUCUCUACUGUUUAAGGCCAGUGGAGGCGCUGUAGUGGAGGCCCUUCUAUGCAGCUGA